CGCUGCAGGUAAAGAAGGGAAAGAAGAGGCCGAGAAGUCAGGGGCCAGGCUGUGAAGGAGAAUAAAGGAGGUCAAAGAGAGGUCAUAUCUUCGUACCUCACUUCCUGACACAAACAAGUUUUUACUGUUGUCAGCAACAAAGCCCUAAUAUAGCUGCGGAAGAGAAAAACUGCAUUGCAUUUAGCCUCCUGCAAGCAUCAUCAACAGUUACUGGAGGAAUGUAAUUCCAGAAAGCUUUAAAGCUGGUGGUGAUGGUAAUUAUGUAUCAAAUGCCUGAUUCUAUUUCUGUUAUUAUUGUUUUGUCAUUUCUGUUCUACUCAAGAGCUGGCUGAACUCGCAGGGAGAAAUCCGGUUUUUCUUUUAGACUUUGUAAAAAUUAAUCAGCCCCGGUAGAAAACUCAUUGCUCUCGGGGAGAAUAAAGUAGGAGCCACGAAAUGUCAUUUUAGCAGAGCGUGGGUUUUGCGACUGUAGGAAAGGAUUUAAGGACGCGCCUUCUGUUCGGUUUCCUAUGUAACGAGCAAAGGCUACACGCACGCACAGACGCCACAGCUCCCGGAUGCUGUGGCUCCCUUAUCUGGGCUUCUGCAGCUCCAGAAGCCCCUUCGGGAUGCUGCGAGGGGCUCCCGGUGGGUGGUGGUAGGAACGCUGCGGCCGCCGCCGCCACUCCUGCCGCUGCUGCUGUUGUUGCUGCUGCAGUCACGUGGGAGCCCCUUUAAGUUUCCAUAGAGAGGCCUCUCCGGUGUCACAUGAUGGACAUGAUAUAAUGAAACAACAUUGUAGAGAGGAAAGCAUUAGGGGAGCCCACGGCUACAAAAACAAGUGAGUGAGAAGAGGUGGGAGGAAGAGAAACUACGCCACCUCCCCUGCAGUCGAGCCGCACGCAGCAGCCGGCGAGAAGUGGGCGACGCCGGGGGGCAGGGAGACGGGGUCCUCGGCCCCGGCCCGGGGACCCUGCCGCCUACCGCGGACAGCACAACUUUUAGCCGGCAGCCUCGGCCACCAGCGCACCUGUCUCCGGAGCCUCCAUCGCUCCUCGUGACGAUCUAAGGGAAAUUCUAGAAGAAUACGCUCUACAAAUAUACAUGCGCAUCAUUUUCCUCCUUGCGUCUCGCUCUAGAAGGAAAGAGAAAGGGAUCCGAGCGGCAGCGUGCGUUCCGCCCCAAGGGAGAAAAAUCAAGACGUUACAUCUCACUCCUCCCGUUUUAAAUACGGAUUCAGCUCGAAGCUAGGCUGAAGGGUGAGUGGGGAUGUUUAAGGGUGAGGGUGAGCUUCGUCAUGUGGAAAACUAGGCAUCUGACAGCUUGUGGCCACCACCCCCGGCCCCGGGCGGAAUGCGGGCUGGGUGGUCCGACAGGGGUGGCGUCCCACGGGGUGGGAGCCGGCGCCGGGUCCCGGAGUGCGCGAGGGUCCGCAGCCCUCGUCGCCGGGGACUGCCUGGCCUGGAGGCGGCGGCCACGUGAGGGUGGUCAGGGUGGUCUAUGGAAGCGCUGGAGCCCAGAGAUGGGUGUGAAGUGCGUAGCACAGUCGUGCCGGGGGCGGACACGAAACACCCGUGGGCGGAGGGGGGCGCGCGGAGGAGCGGAGACUCGCGCGGGCCCGACCUCGCAGCCGUGGCGACGGUUUUAUUCCGAGCGGCGGCCGGAGCCGGGCGCCUUCCCCGCUGGGCCGGCGUCCCGGGCGCGGGUGGGUGCGCACUUCACAGCCCUCUCCCGGGAGACCGUUUCCGGGCGGGGUCCGUGGCCCCGAGCGAGGGCUGUAAACAGGGUGGCGCCCUCUGCCCUCCCGCCCCCGGCCUGCCGGGGCGCGCGGCCGGCGGCGCCCGGAGCGGCGGAGGCGCGGCCGCGGCGCUGGGCAGUGGCGGCGGGGGCGCGCCCGCUCCCCGCCGCCCCCGCGCGCCCCCGCCGCCCGGCCGGCCGGCCUCUUCUGUUUUUGUUUUGAUGGAGCCCGCGUGCAGCUGGCGCGUGUCGAGUCACGUGCCGUGGGCGGGAGGGGGCUGGGGCGCGGGAGGCGAGGGCGCGGUGACGCACGCGUCUGGAGGGCCUGGCGCCCGCGGGGGCUGCGGGGCGAGGGGGCGUGUGCCCCGGGCAGAUCCCGGUCGUGCGGGGUGCCCGGGCCGCAUCUGGUGGGGCUCGUGGGAGUUGAUGCUGGUGAGCGCUGUUCGGACGUGGGUGUGAAUCCCACAGCGCUUCGAGCUCGUCGUCACAGCAUCUAGGCGAGCCUCCUCCAAGCGGGCGGGGGGCCGGCCUGCGCUGAUUCGGUCAGAGAUCGAGCUCGACCUUACCGGAGUUUUCUGUGGGCACGUAAAGAUCUGUAUGUGGUUCUUAAUCCUGCCUGAAAAUUACAAACAACUUGAGAGCCGUUUCUGAACUGCGUUGCCUGGCCCUGCCCCAAGGCCAGUUGAACCCAAAUCCAAAUAGGGCCUGGACGUUGAGUAUUUAGGGAAAAAAAAAAAUCUCCCUCGGUAUUUUUGACGCACAGUGAGGGGUGAGAACUUACUGAUAUAGUGAGCUUGUUGGAAAUGAAACCAUCCCUUGUUAGGGAUGAAAUAUUAGAAAUAACAGACGUGGUUAGCACGAGUUGAUCUGUCACUAGAAGGGUCACUGUGUGUCGGCAUGGUGACUGCGCAGAUUGGGAUACUUGAUGAAAUAUUGGCAUUCCCCAUCUUACAGUUGGAAAAUGGAAAUUCAGGAGGAACAGUAAAAGUUGGCCAGUGAUGACCCGUGACCAGUACCCAGGGAGGCUGCCUCUGGACCUCAGGCUUCGGACCGUGGCUUAUGCUGCUGGAAUUAGGCCUUCACCUAAGGGCCCCAUCCUUGUGUGUGACUAGGAA